UUACCCCUGCCACACUUUGUGUUCGGCAACUCCGCUCUACACACCUGUCCUCGUGGUGCCAGUAAGCCGCGGCUAGUGUUUCUCCGUUUCUUCUCCUUACUGGUGUUAUUCUCACCGACAAUGCCAACCUACUACACACAGUCGACCACCAGGCGCGGCGCGGGCUCGGGGGCGUCGCGUCGGAGCUGGGGGAUCGGCAGCGGGUCCGGUGCGCUGGUGCCGGUGGGAGGAGGCCGGUCGUCCUCGUAUCAGGUCACCACCAUGAAGAGUGCCGGCGGGGUCAGCGCCGGGGCCGGGGUUGGCGGGGCCGGGGCAAAUGGAGCAGCAGGCGUUCGCACCAGCAGCUUCUUCGCAAGCGGCGUCACUGUCGAAGACCUUCAAAACUCCCUGGGUUCUCUGGCAGAAUCCAAGAGCCUCCGUGUGGACGAGAAGCAGCAGCUGAGCAGUCUGAACAACCGCCUGGUGGGCUUCCUCGGCAAGGUCCGCCAGCUGGAGGACCAGAACAUGCAGCUAAAAGCAAUGCUGGAGCAGUCGAGCGGGGUCGAGGUGAAGUCGGGUUUGCCGGAGAUAUGGGAGCGAGAGAUGCAGGCUCUCCGUCAGGAGCUGGAGGCCGCCAACCACGAGAAGACCCGCCUCGAGGUCCGCAUCGAAGGGUACGAGACCGAGAUCGGACAACUCAACAACAGGUUGGACAGUGCUGACCAGAUUAUCAAUGAUCUGGAGGUGGAGCUGGCAGCUGUGAGGAAGGAUUGUGACGACGCGACUGUGGUGAAGGUGGACAUGGAGAGUAAGCUGGAGAUCAUGAAGACCGAGAUCGCCUUCCUGAACGACUACCAUGAGCAGCAAAUCCUGGAGCUGGAGGACCAGCUGCGCCAGCGCAUGUCCGUGGUGCCGGCUGUCAUCGAGUCGGACCACACCUAUGAGAUGCAGGAGGUGAUUGACAGCCUGAGGGCUGAGUACGAACAGACAAUCCGCAGGCAUCAGCAAGAGGCUAAAGACUGGGCCGAGACAAAGAUCAAGAUCCAAAAGGACGACACGCUGAAGAUCGAGGGCCUGAGGCGGGAGCUGAGCGAGUGGAAGUCGAAGGCUACAACCGCAGAGAUGAAGAUCGCCAGCUACGAAGGCCAGCUGAAGUCUAUCCGUGAGCAGCUACACGAGCAGGAACUGCGUCACGAGAGGGACCUGAACGCCAAACAGGACGCCAUCAGGGACUUGGAGGCUAGCAUUUCCGAGAUCAAGGCCCGACUUUCCGCUCAGCUGAGGGAGUACCAGGACCUGAUGAAUCUCAAGCUCAAACUGGAUACAGAGAUCGCCGCCUAUCGGGAGCUGCUGGAAGUGGAGGAGGAACGUUACAGCGCCAUAGAAUUUGCAGCUCAAGAAGCAUCUCAAACGAAGACCGUGAGCAUCGAGGAAGUAGAGGAGCGACACAAAGCGGAGCUCGCCCGCCUGGAGGCUGACAUCGAGCGGUACAGGGCUGAUAUCGCCAACCUGCAGGAGCAGCUCAAGCUGAUCGAGUCGCGCAACUCUAACACAUCUCUGGAGUUCAAGACCGAGAUCGACGGCUACAAGUCCCAGAUCGCUGGCUACACCGCGGAGAUCAACGGCUACAGGUCUGAGAUUGCCAGCCUGCAAGACCGUCUACGCGAACUGGACGCCAGGAGGGAGCGGGAGGUCCAGGCGAAGGUGGACAUCAUCAACGGUCUGGAGGGACAGAUCCGGGACCUGAGGGGCGAGAUCCACAGCGUGCAGUCCUCGGUCCAGUCUUCAGCCGUGUUUGAGAAGCAGGUUUCUGGACUGGAGAGUCGCAUCGGCUCUCUGCAGGGCGAAAUCGACAGCAAGCUGGCCAUCAUCCGCGAGAGAGACACCAUGAUUGCUGACCUACGAGCACAGAUUGCUCAGCUGAAACGCGACCUGGAGGCGGGCAAGCGUGAUGUUGAUGCUAAGUGGACACUGGAGAUCAACGAAAAGACCAAGAUCAUCAGCCGACUGGAAUCUGAGAUGGCUGCCCUGCGCCUUGAGUUGUCUGGCAAGGCAAAGGAAUACCAGAAUCUGCUGGAGGCCAAGAUGAUGCUGGAGAAGACACUCCGUGAGUCUGAGGAGCGUCACAAGAAGGAGCUCCGUGGAAAGGAGGACUUCAUCCACGAUCUGGAGCGGCAGAAGAACGAGCAGAUCGUGAAGCUGGAGAUUGCUCUAAAGGAGCUGAGGGGACAGAUAGACGGCAAGUCGUCCGGCUAUGACGAUCUCAACCGUGCCAAGCUGGCCCUGGAGAGGCAGCUGCAAGAGAUGGAGAGCAGGUACCAGAGGGAGCUGAGUGAGAAGACUAGGAUGAUCAGCAGUCUGGAGACGCGCGUCAGUACCACCUCCGUCAGCCAGACCACCGAGCUGGAGGGCCGCUUCAAGGGCCAGAUCAGCACUCUGGAGGCACAGUUGGUCAGCCUACGCGGUGAUCUAGCCGCCAUGACCCGGGAGCGCGACAUGUACCUGCGGGAGAGGAAUGAGCUGCGCGUGGCGCUGGAGGGCGUCACUUCCGAGAGGGAUCUGUGCUUCCGUGAGCGCGCCGAGCUGCGUGCUAAUGCAUCUGCAAGCAUGACCGUCGUUGAAGAGGUAAAGCAGACCGUUGUUGAGGAAGUGAAGGCAGUAGAGACACCUGCCCCACGAAGGUCAGGUGGCUUCAUCCGUAUGAACUUCUCAAAGAAGGACCUAAUGUCCAUCUUAGUCCAGUACAAAUUCUUCAUGACCUACAUGCUGAGCGGAGUAACUGACGGAGCGCAGUGGGACCCUGUACUUGGAGCAGAAGGCUGCUGUUGUCAGCCAGAACCAGUUGUGGAACCUGGAGGAUAAGGUGAUCAUCAGCUCGUCCAGCGGCCUCGCUCUGGAAGUGAAGGGCGGGCGUAACGAGGUGGGGACCGAGGUGGUCCUGGCCCGGCGCACCGGGUCAAAGGCACAGAAGUGGGAUAUCGACUCCGAUGAGAUCAUCACGACAGCCCUUGGUGAUCUCAUCUUGGACCUUGUUGACGGGAAGCUCGUCUUGAACAAGCGUGGAGCAACCGGCAAGCGCCAAGACUGGAACCUACAGAUCUACCAGUAGUCGUGCGCAGCUUAGAUAAUCUGAACGAGAUGAGAGGCACAUAGAUUGACUUAAGCUACUUUGAUUUAGAGUUGGCAUCCGUCGUCUCAGAAGACAAAGAUUUAGAGUAAUUAUAGUGAAAUAUAUCGCGGGUUGUGGUGUUUAGCGCCAAGUUUGAUUCACUUGCUUAGUAAAGAAGUAAUGGAAAUCGUCGACGAACAAAAACUAAUUAAAACUUGUUAAAUGGUGUUUGGAUCAUAGGAAAGUGUGAUAUCCUUCUUAUUGCUUAUUUUUAGUUGAUGGUGAGUUAUUUAUGCGGUGCUGUAACGAAUUUAUUUUGCAUUUCAAAAGGCAACAUUUUCCUGCGUUACGAAGACGUAUGUAAUUACGUGCCUAUUAUCGCAGUCUCAGGAAACCAAACAGCAAUAUAAUAGUGACGAGAACAAAGGUGAUUGAGAAUAUAUUUUGUAAGAACCAAUAACAAGCCAAGUCAAAAAUUGUAUUUUUGUCAAUCAAUGAAGAUCUUUUUGAUACCAAUAUUGGAACGCGGUGUAUAUUCUAAUCGUAAUUUAACCCUUUUCGUAUAAUAGAUGGUGAAAUUAUGUUGUUUCGUAUGACCAAUUAUUCACUAUUAUCAGCUUGAAUAAUAAGAACUACUUUUUUUUAAAGAUUACCAUUUUUAAAGACUACCCAAGACAUGUUACAGCAAUGUUAAAAUCGGACAUGGUGGUAUUACCGUUUAUUCGCACACUCUCACGUUGUAUGGCAAAGCAAAGGAAAGCACAGUAAUAAAAGCACACGGUAUUUCGACAUUA